UAUUUUGACCACGUUUCUCUUUCAUUCAUUCAUUCAUUCCUUCUUUCUUUCUCGGCAGAGCCCUACACGGUGGGCUACAGCCAGUCCAGCCUCAUCCACCUGGUCGGACCCUCGGACUGCACCAUGCAUGGAUUCGUCCACGGAGGGGUGACUAUGAAGCUGAUGGACGAAGUGGCCGGGAUUGUGGCCGCCCGCCAUUGCAAGACCAACAUCGUGACGGCCUCCGUGGACGCCAUCAACUUCCACGAGAAGAUCAAGAAGGGCAGCGUGGUGACGGUGUCGGGGCGCAUGACCUUCACCAGCAACAAGUCCAUGGAGAUCGAGGUGUUUGUGGACGUGGACCCCUUUGUGACCGACACCCAGGAGCGGUACCGGGCCGUCAGCGCCUUCUUCACCUACGUCUCCCUCAGCCCCGAAGGAAGGCCCCUGCCCGUCCCACAGCUGGUGGUGGAGACGGAGGAGGAGCGCCGGCGCUUUGAGGAGGGCAAGGGCCGCUACCUGCAGUCCAAAGCCAAGCGCCAGGCCAAGAUGCAGCCCCUCACCCAGCAAUGACCCAUCGUCCCCCACCCGGCGGGGUGUGUGUCAAGACGCCCAUCGUCCACACCAAUCCACACCAACAGUCCAGAAUCGGUUCCCAAACCCAGAGAAGCAGCACGGAUUCGGCGACGUUUCCAUCCACAUUCCCGGACUCCGACUCCCAUCAUCCUGUGUUUCGGGGGAUGAUGGGAUAUAGAGUCCAACGGGGCGGCACUCCGCCGAGAGAUUAUUUCUUCGUGUAAUAAAUACAAUGAGAAUCAACGCCGCUCGUUGGACUCCAACUCCCAUAAUUCUCAGCAAAAACGCAGGAUGAUGGGAGUUGUAGUCCCAACACACGUCAACAACCAUGGAGGUGAUGUCAUCUGGACUUAAGUGGACUCCAACUCCCAUUAUCUCCUGCAAAAGGCAGGAUGAUGGGAGUUGUAGUCCCGACACACGUCAAUAGCCAUGAAGGCGAUGUCAUCUGAACUUCAGUGGACUACAACUCCCAUUAUCCAUCACAACACAGGAUGAUGGGAGUUGUAGUCCCAACUAUGUGCAUCAAUAGCCAUGAAGGUGAUGUUAUCUGAACUUAAGUGGACUCCAACUCCCAUCAUUCCCAGCAAACGCGGGAUGAUGGGAGUUGUAGUCCCAACACAAAGUGCUAUGUGCAUCAAUAGCCAUGAAGGCGAUGUCAUCUGAACUUAAGUGGACUGCAACUCCCAUUAUCCUUUGCAAACACAGCAUGAUGGGAGUUGUAGUCCCAACACACGUCAAUAGCCAUGGAGGUGAUGUCAUCUGAACUUCAGUGGACUCCAACUCCCAUUAUCCCCUGCAAACACAGCAUGAUGGGAGUUGUAGUCCCAAUACGAAGUGCUAUGUGCAUCAAUAGCCAUGAAGGCGAUGUUAUCUGAACUUCAGUGGACUCUGACUCCCAUUAUCCCUUGCAAACAGCAUGAUGGGAGUUGUAGUCCCAACUAUGUACAUCAAUAGUCAUGAAGGCGAUGUCAUCUGAACUUAAGUGGACUCCAACUCCCAUCAUUCCCAGAAAAACGUGGGAUGAUUGGAGUUGUAGUCCCAACACAAAUAUGUGCAUCAGUAGCCAUAAAGGCGAUGUUAUUUGAACUUAAGUGGACUCCAACUCCCAUUAUCCAUCAGAACACAGGAUGAUGGGAGUUGUAGUCCCAACACAAAUAUGUACAUCAAUAGCCAUGAAGGUGAUGUUAUCUGAACUUAAGUGGACUCCGACUCCCAUCAUUCCCAGCAAAAUGCAGGAUGAUGGGAGUUGUAGUCCCAACUAUGUACAUCAAUAGCCAUGAAGGUGAUGUUAUCUGAACUUAAGUGUACUACAACUCCCAUUAUCAAUCACAGCACAGGAUGAUGGGAGUUGUAGUCCCAACACAGUGCUAUAUACACCAAUAGCCAUGAAAAUGCUGUUUUCUGUACUUGUCGAUUCCAACUCCCAUUAUCCCUUGCGAACACAGGAUGAUGGGAGUUGUAGUCCCAACACAGUGCUAUGUACACCAAUAGCCAUGAAAAUGCUGUUUUCUGUACUUAAGUUGAUUCCAACUCCCAUUAUCCCUUGCAAACACAGGAUGAUGGGAGUUGUAGUCCCAACGAAAGUACUACGUGCAUCAAUAGCCAUGAAAAUGCUGUUUUCUGGACUUAAAUGGACUCCAACUCCCAUUAUCCCUUGCAAAAUGCAGGAUUAUGGGAGUUGUAGUCCCUACAGAAGUGCACAUCAAUAGCCACGAAGAUGCUGUCUUCUGUACUUAGGUGGACUACAACUCCCAUCACAACACAGGAUGAUGGGAGUUGUAGUCCAAACAAAAGUAUCGGAAGGGCAUAUCAAUAGCCAUGAAAGCGCUGUCCUGAGAACGUCAGUGGACUACAACUCCCAUUAUCCACCACAACACAGGAUAAUGGGAAUUGUAGUCCAAACAAAAAGAAAUGACGGAAAAAUGUGCACAUCAACAAGGCACUCUCUUGAACCUCCAGCCGGGACUACAACUCCCAUCAUCCCUUGCAACUCCCGCAGGAUGAUGGGAGUUGUAGUCCACAACAAAAUUGCUGCAACAUGGCUCUUUGCACACCUUUCGAACCAUCGCCCUCCGUCCGGAUGCUUCUGGACUACAACGCCCAUCACCCAGCAUCGUGAUGCCGUAUUGCGGACUGCAAGUCCCAUCGUCCUUUGCAUUCCAUUCAGUGGCCGACGCGGCUCUCUCUGUCCGAACCGAUCCUCUCGGGGAAAUAUUAUAUAUAUAUGUAUAUGUAUGCUUAAUUUAUUUAAAGGGACCUUGCGAAUAAAGGCGGGCUUUGCCUUUAAUUAAUGUC